AGUUUUCUCUGUGAGUUUAGCCAACCACUUAGUUGUAUUUCAUCAUAUCAGGGUACUAACACAACAUGGGAGUGCAUUUUCAAAAACUGCUGUGUAUUGGCGCCAUCGUCAUUGGUUUUUUUGCGGCAUUGUUGAUUCUUGUUUGUAAAUUGCAUGAAGACAACAUACCUAAUGUAUUAAAACUUGAGAACAGAGAACUUGUCUUUGAUUAURUUAUUGUUGGAGCUGGUACGGCUGGUUCUACGCUUAGCUCUCUAUUGGCCAAGCACAGCAAUGGAAGUAUAUUGCUUAUUGAGGCUGGUGGCUCUUUUGGCUAUUUUAGUCGGAUUCCUCUGCUAGCAACAUUUCAACAAAAAGGCAUUAAUGACUGGUCUUUUCUCUCGGUGCCUCAGAAGUACUCGUCCAAGGGCUUGAUUGAGAAACGUCAGUGUCUGCCAAGAGGCAAGGGCUUGGGUGGAUCAGCUAAUCUCAACUAUAUGCUACAUUUCGAUGGUCGUGCUUCCGACUUUGACUCGUGGCAUAAAUUGCACAACGUAAGCGAUUGGAGUUGGAAUGACGUGAGUCCUUUUAUGACUGCCGCUAAGCCUAAGAAGGAGGAGCUUUAUGAAAUACCACGUAGUUACUCCCUGUUAUCGGAAGCUCUAGACGAAGCAGCUGCAGAAUUUAUGCACGAACCUUGGCAAUUUCGACGGUCCAUUUACAAUAUCAAGAACGGAUUAAGGCAUUCGGUGCUGCAACAAUUUCUCUUGCCCGUGAUCAACAGCGUGAAUCUUCGUGUGCUGCCCCAGGCACUAGUCAAGCGUAUAAACCUAUCCCCGAGCUCCAAUCUAAAAGCCAGUUCCGUUGUAGUAGGUAUUAAGGAUGAGCAGAACAAGGAGCUCGAGUUUAACAUCAAAGUACGGCGUGAGUUGUUGCUUUGUGCAGGUGCCUACCAAAGUCCGCAACUGCUUCUGGCCUCUGGAAUCGGUGACACCAAACUGUUGAAGGAGGUGGGACUGCCUGUGCAAUAUCAUUUGCCACUGGUGGGUCAGGGACUGCAUGAUCAUUUGAAUGUGCCUCUGUUCGUCUCAAUAGACAUUAUCGGACCUACGCUGAAUCAGCGAACGCUGCUUAAUCCAAUGAACCUAUUUAAAUAUUUUAAUACGGGCACUGGGGCCUUCGGAAAUUUUGGAGUGCUUGGACAUGUAGCUGGUUACGAGGAGCCGAUGCCCUUUGGCAUCACCUUCUUUGGCGCUGGCGCCAUAGAUGAAAGUGCACUCAUGUCUAUUUCAAACUUCAAGCGUUCAGCAUUUCGGGCGCUUUUCCCACGCUAUCAUAAUGCUUCCCAGGAAGGAUUCGUUGUCAUAUCCAGUUGCUUGCAACCGAGAUCAAGGGGCUUUGUUUCAUUGCUUCAUAAAACAAUGCGUAGAAAUCCUCUAAUUGAUCUCAAAUAUUUAAGCGAUGAGCAGGAUGUGGCCUGUACUAUAGCAGCCAUAAGAAAUGCUGUGAAGAUUGUCACAUCGUCCGCUUUUAGCAAAUUGCGACCGCAUAUUCAUUGGCCCAAACUACAGGAGUGCGCUAAUUUUGGACCGUUCAAAAGAGAUUUCCUUGAGCACCAACCUUCGGAUAAUUAUUUGGAAUGUCUCAUGCGGCAUAUAGGACUGGGCUCACACCAUCCGGGUGGGAGUUGUGCUCUAGGCAGUGUCGUUGACUCGCAGUUAAGAUUGCAUGGUAUAUCUAACGUGCGUGUUGUCGAUGCUAGUGUGCUGCCUCGACCCGUUUCGGGAAAUCCAAAUACUGUUAUUGCAGCUAUUGCCAUGCGAGCAGCAUCGUGGAUACUAAAGGACGAGUUGCAAAAUAAUUAAUAUUGGAAAAUAUCAU